AUGAACGAAAACUCGCACACUGCUCAAGAAAUCUGCGCGUUUGCCAACCGAUAUCGCAAGCGUGAUGGCGGCAAAGUGGUUUCCAUGCAUUAUGAUCCUUUUACGGUCAAAGCACGACUGCACUGGGAUGAUGGCGGAAGAGAUUGGCUCAUCCGAUUCACAUUCUCUGGCCGGUCUUCCUUCAUCGAUGAGAAAGUCCAGAACGAGGCGGUGGCUAUGAAAUUCGUGGCCCUCAAGACGCCGAUUCCUAUCCCCCGAGUCAUUGCAUACGGGACAGCGGCGGACAAUCCUACUGGACUGGGCCCCUUCAUCAUCAUGACCUGGGUUGACGGCAGGAAGAUGUCCGAUGUGCUUUGGAACACGCCGGGCCGGAAUCUCCAGGAGACCCGCGCAACACGAGAAAUGCUCUAUGGUCAAAUGGCGGACAUAUUGCUAGAAUUGUGGAAACUCAACUUCGAUCGCAUUGGGAGUCUUGUACAAGCCGAAAUCACCCGCACCUUCUCCGCAAACCGCCGGCCGUCCUCACAGGGUAUCAGCGAGCUAUCAAGAGUCUGGGAUCUGAGUGAUCAUAUCAGGCCAUCCAGGAUUUAUCACAGCGCGGUCGAUUACGUCUACUCUCUGCUGGAGUUACAGUCAAUACGAUUGGAGCGACAACAGACCAUUAUGGGUGACACGGCUUCCUAUCGAGAGCAAUAUGCAGCACGGCACUUGUUGAAAGCAAUCGCACUGAGCUUUGUCUCCCGAGCGGACAAUUAUGGACCUUUCAAGCUCUUUGCAGAAGGUCUGAAACCCGAACACGUACUCGUGGAUGACUCUCUCCAGGUCACAGGGGUGACGAACUGGGAGUUCUGCUACUCGGGGCCUGUCCAGUUUGCGGGUAGUAUGCCAGACUGGCUCCUUCCGCUGGCUCCGCACACAUAUAUCAAACAAAGAGGCCUCCCUGCCUUUCUGCAGUCCUAUAUUACGGAAGCCAGUGCUUUUCUGGAAGUGUUGAAGAAGAGGGAAGACGGAGGAGCACACGAUGGCGAUCGUCUUUCCGUGCGUAUGCGACAGUCGAUCCAAGAUAACAGUGCAUGGUUCAAUCUAGCUUGCCGCUCGGUCACAGGCCUCGAUAUUAUAUAUUGGAACCUCUUAGAUGAAUACUGCUGGGGUCCGAGAAUAUCGAUUGCGGAGAGAGCAUCUCUCAUAACAAAUACAGGGCUGCUCAAAAGGCCUGAUAUUACUGCCCACCCGAACAAUGGUGGUGCAAAGAAAGAGUCGCGCAGGGAGUCUAUCUUUGAAACGAGAGGCCCACCUGUUCUGGCAACUGUGUCGGGAUACAUGAGACGCGGUGUGUAUAGACGUGGCAAAAGUGGCGCAGGUCGCGAUUACAAUGCGAGGUAG